CAAGAGCGCCGAUGUGACGCGGGGUUUAAUAAGAGUCUUUACAGCGGGACAGUCGGGGUCAAUAAGAGGCUGCGAUGUAGCAAAUGUUCUCCUUCACGUUGGGGGGAUUAGAGAUUAUUUCCAGAGCAGUGUGUCCGCGUUUUGUCCGCGGGUUCGCCUUCUAGACCCGUCGGAGUCGAGCGAAGCGAAUUACACGACAAUGGAGAGCUGCUCUUAAACGCCACGGCGCGUUUCACCUAACCAGACAGGGGGAGCGCAAGGCGAGAGAUGGAAAUGUCUUGCGAUGCCGGGUGACUGCUAUCAAUGAACGGGCUGAUACACAGAAAAAAAAUAGUUAAUCAAAUAAAAAAUUCUUUGUGAAACGUACGGAGCUGUGAGAUAGGGAUCCCGGAGGCGGACGCUCCUAACAGGUCCGGAGCGCACUUUUCUCCCCCUCUUUUCGGCUCAGCAGAAACGAUCGCAGGUCAAUCAUGUGGGCCGCGCUUCAACAUUUAGACAAGACGAGCUUCACGCAGCGCACGACUUUCUUUCACAUAUGAAGUCCGUGCUUCAUGACUGUCUGACGCGCAAUGGUGAUGAAAGGCAGGCUGUGCGUAAAAGUAACGCGCCCUUCACUUUACUACUGAUGACCGGCUGGAUGUGGAGCUCAGGAGAAGAAGGAAAACAAAACGAAACAAAACAAACAAACAAACAAACAAACAAACAAACAAAAAAACUUUUCUGUUCGAGUCCCCGCUCUAAACUUUCUCGUUUCCCGUUUCCGUGUGGAGUUUGGGCGAAGCCUCUUACAGAUCUCAUGGGAGCUGAGGCUUGAAGUUGCCGUGUGUUCAAACUUUGUGCGCUGGAUUUGCCGGUGAGACCUGCCAUUUUGUGCUCGGAUCGAGCCGCUCAGGAACAUUAUGCUCGGAGGGACGUGAUGAUGAUGAUGGCAUUCAACAACCGAGGGACUCGACAUUUGGGAAACCUCAUCUGACAACCUUCUACAUCUCUUGCUGUCUUACAGAGUAAAGACACAUCCCUCUGGUCAUCACAAAGUGCUGUACAACUCGGUGGCGUGGGGGGAGCCACUCUGUCUUCAUCCUGACAGGCCCCAGACCAGUAUGCAGUUAGAGUGAUCAGGAUGGAAGACUCUAGUUUGUGCCUUGGUGUGUCCUCAGCAGUCCCAGAUGCUGACACCCAUAUCACCAGUGCCAUGCUUAAUGGCCGCUACCCAAUCAGUCAGAAGCUGCAUCAGCUGACUGCCCAACUUGGUCACGCCUUUCCUGACCUUCCAAGCCGCCAACAAAUUACAGAGGAAAAAGCCGCCACCCCGUUGGAUGAGAAAACACAUGCUGCAUUGGCAAGUCAGCCGAUUAGCAGCCAGAUGGCUCUGCUAGCCAAUCAGCUCAACCGUAACAUGGAUGCAGGUGCCCUAGGUGGUCUCAAUGGCCGUGUCGACCUGCAGCAAUUCCUCAAUGGGCAAAAUUUGGGAAUCAUGUCUCAGAUGAAUGAUAUAGAAGAUGAUGCCCGCAAGAAUCGCAAGUAUCCAUGCCCACUGUGUGGAAAACGAUUCCGCUUCAACAGCAUCCUUUCCCUGCAUAUGCGCACCCACACUGGUGAGAAGCCCUUCAAGUGUCCCUACUGUGAUCACCGAGCAGCCCAGAAGGGCAACCUCAAGAUUCAUCUCCGUACCCACAAGUUGGGUAGUCUGGGUAAGGGUCGUGGUCGCGUACGUGAAGAAAACAGGCUUCUUCAUGAGCUUGAAGAGCGUGCCAUCCUACGUGAUAAGCAAAUGAGAAACAGCUUGCUGCAGCCUUCACAAUCGCUUCCACCCCAUUUGGGUCUGCAGAACCAAAACCAGCAACAGCCCAGUUCUGCAUGUAGCCUCCUAACACCUACAAGUCUGGGAGGCACAUCGGAUGGGCUUGCACAACCAUCUGCCUCACCUAAGCCAGCAGGCACUAACCAACAAGAUGAGCAGACACUUAACCCAGCCAUAGGCUUCCGCUGUACCUUUUGCAAAGGCAAGUUCAAAAAGCGUGAGGAGCUGGAGCGUCAUAUCCGCAUCCUUCACAAACCCUACAAGUGCACUCUCUGUGAGUUUGCUGCUUCCCAGGAAGAAGACCUCAUCAGCCAUGUAGAGAAGGCACACAUAACUGCUGAGUCAGGCCAAGGGCAGGGUACAGGAACUGGCUCUGGAGAGAAGCCUGCCAAUGAGUUUCGAUGUGAUGUGUGUGGACAGAUCUUUAGCCAGGCUUGGUUCCUGAAGGGUCAUAUGCGCAAGCACAAGGACUCCUUUGAGCACUGUUGUCAGAUCUGUGGUCGUCGCUUCAAGGAACCAUGGUUCCUAAAAAAUCAUAUGAAGGUUCAUCUCAACAAGCUUGCCAUUAAGAGUAAGCCUCCAAUUGGUGGUGGAGCUGAGCAAGACGGGCCUUCUGUCAACAGUAUAAGCAGCUUAGCACAAGAAGCCCAUGCCAACCUGUACUCGCGUUACAUCUCCUGUUUGCAAGGUGGUUUCCUAAGUCCUGAAAAGCAGAGCCUGGCUGAACAACAACACCAAAUGUUGGCCAAGGCUGGCAUAGCUAUGAAAGAGAAAGAAAUGCUAGGAAAGCUGCUGGGGCCAAUGGCCGGCAUGAGUCAUGGUCUGGGGGAGAAUGAGAAGCGCUCACUUUUAAGUUGUUUGAACCUGGUACCUCCUCUAAAGUCAAGUUGUAUGGAGCGCUUACAGGCAGCAGCAAAGGUGGCAGAAAUGGAUCCACUUAAUAGUUACCAGGCCUGGCAGAUCAUGGCACGCAGCAUGGCUAUGGAGCGAUCUUUCAUGCCAAAAGAUCAACACCAUGGAGCCCAUGUGCAAGAAGAAGAAAUGGCUAGUGCCACUGGGAUAGUGCCCUUUGGAAAAGAAAAGCAUGAGCAUUCUACUCUUGAUUCCAGUGAUGGCACCAAGCAGAAAAACCACCCUGAUGCCCUCCAUGGGGUAAGGACUGGUGGAAGCAUAAUGUCCAUGAAGGAAGAAGCUGGGAGCUUUGAUGGUCAUCGUGAGUUCCUGCCUCACCACGGUGGUUUGGGUCUUGGCCAGGGGCUUGAGUACAGUCUGGCCAGCAUUAAAGAUAAGCCCACUGAGUGUCCUGACUGUGGCCGAGUAUUCAGAACCUAUCACCAGAUGGUGGUCCACUCUCGGGUGCACAGCAAGGACCGACGUCCAGAAGAGAGUCUGCAGCAUGGCCUAGAUGAGAGGCGUGGCUCCGCCAGUGACCCCGAGUCUCAGUCUAUCAGUCGUUCCACCACCCCAGGCUCAUCCAAUGUGACAGAGGAGAGUGGGGCUGGAGGAGGCCACUCCCAGACAGGAAGUGUGCAGGAUGACAGUCCUCAUCCUUCGUCCCCUUCCUCAGAUGUUGGGGAUGAGAUGGCGAAAGCACCAGGAGCAGUUCCUCCUCCUGUUACCCAGCACCGAGAGAGGAGUGUGGGAUCCGCCAUGAAAGACUGCCCUUACUGUGGAAAGUCCUUCCGUACCUCCCAUCACCUGAAAGUCCACCUGAGAAUACAUACAGGUGAGAAGCCCUACAGAUGCCCUCAUUGUGACUAUGCUGGCACCCAGUCUGCUUCCCUAAAAUACCACCUUGAGCGUCACCACCGUGAGCGUCAGAAUGGCAAUGCCUCUUCUGCCAACCACCCUCCAUCCAAUGAUCACAAAGAUGACCACAGCAAGACUAACAGUGGCAGUGGCAUCUUUGCACGGCCUGAUGUUCUGCGUGGGGUCUUCAAAGGGAUGAUGCCCUCCAGCCUUGAUUUUAGAGGAGGACAGAUGCUUACACAGUGGGCCACUCCUGCUAUGCUGUCUCCAAGAGAGCGAGAUCGUGAGAGAGACCGCCAUGGACUUGGAGCAGAACCCAACACUGAAAGUAUGAAGACCUCUGAAGUUCCAACCACUGGAGGGGAAAGCCCAGCCAGUUUUUCAGACCUGGGUCGGGCUUAUCAAAGUAUGAUGGGGAAUGGGGUGAACUUUCAGGGCUCUCUCCAGGCCUUCAUGGAUAGUUUUGUGCCAAAUUCCAUGAAGAAGGAGAAGGAAAUGCGAGAGAACCAGCUACAUGGUCAGCACUUUGGCCUGGAUGGCUCAGAGCACAAGAUCAAGAGGGCAACUGAUGCCAGUCAGGAAGAGAACCCUUCUGAGACCAAGCCAACUGAGGGCAUUCGAUCCCAGUAUGAGCCCCUGGACCUUUCAGUCAGGCCUGAUGCAGGAACCCUACCUGGGGCAUCUAUCACCAUACAGGACAAUGUGCCCUGGCAUGGGUGUCUGUUCUGUUCCUUUACCACUCCCUCAGUGGAGUUGAUGGCUCUUCAUCUGCAAGCCAAUCACUUGGGUAAAACCAAAUCAAGUCAAGGAAAAGAAGUUAAAGAACACCUAAUGGGUGAAUCUUCCCACACUGUCAGCUCUGGACUGGCACCUCCUCCAGGCCUUCUACACCUGCAUGAGAGCCUUAAAGAGCGAGAAGUAGAAUCUGGAGACUUGAAGAACCACGUUGGUUGGUCCAACCACUUGGACCCAAACCCACAUGGUGCUUCUCUGGGAACAUUCUCAAGUGACUUUUACAAGUCCUUCAGUCCCAUGUAUGAUGGCUCUUCCAGGGGUCCUGCUGGGUUCUUGGACCAGCAAGAAAAUUCAGUCAAUCAACUAGGUGGUCAGGAUGAGCUGUCUGACAAGGCAUCCUGCAUUGAAAUGGAGGCAUGUGAGGACCGGGAAGGUCAAUCAGAAGAUGAUGAAGCAGGUCAUGAAGAACAUUCAUCCAAUCCUGCUUCUGCUGAGCACCAGGUGCGCUCUGAUGAUGAAGAGCCAGAAGCAGAGGAAGAAGAAGAUAUGGAGGUGAAAGACAUGGAUGACGAAGACCACGGGACCAUUAGAAUGCAUCCUGACUCCCCCUUGUCUAGGAAGAAUGCUCAGAGAGCAAAGAUACCUAUGGGUGCCCAGGGACGUGGUCCAUCUCCACCCCAGCCACCCACCCUAGAAAAGCAGUGGCAGCAGCAUCAGCAGUCGGGUCUUGGUCUCAUUUCUUCAUCCAAUGGUCCCCCGGGUCUGCUGAAGCCUGAGCAGGCUCACCUGGAGCACCAGAUGAACAUGAUGUCAGUCCUACGGGCCUACAGUUCUGAAAGCCUAGCAGCAUUUAAUGGAGGCCUGUCCAGCAGCUCCAAUGGAGGAGGUGGUGGAAGCAGCUCCAGCAUGAAGAGAACUGACCCCUCUGGUCAGAGGCCUUUCCAGUGUCAGUACUGCUCAUACAGUGCCUCACAGAAGGGUAACCUAAAGACCCACGUCCUGUGUGUCCACCGCAUGCCCUUUGACAACAGCCAGUAUCCAGAUCGACGCUUCAAACGCUCACGGAUUGAAUCUGAUGCAUCUGGCAGCCCUGAGGAUGGAUACCCUCUUCUUUCUGGCCAGGGAGGAACAGGGGAAGGAUACGCUUUUGUGAGUGACACGGCCCAAACUUCAUCCAAGGAUUCUGAGAAGCUGUAGGGCCUUGUAGGGUCACCAGUACCAUGAAGUAGCAUCAGUUGGUGUCCAGUUUUUUCUUUAUCACAAUGGAGAAAAAAGCAGAAAUUUGGACUGCAGGAAAUCCAGUGACUAAACCUGAUUUCAGCUACACACAGCAGACAUGGGUGUGAUCAGGUGUGCUAUGAAAAUGAAGCAUGCUCGUAAAAGAGUGAACAGGCAUAAAGUCUUACGAAGAUUAUAAAUCGUUGCCUGAUCAGUGUGAAACACAAUCUGUAGCAUUACUGUAGUUACCUGACAUAAUAUUACAAAGGAUUAGUCCAGAAGAAGAAAGAAAAAAAAACGACAGUCACUGAAUCCAGUCACUUAAAAGGACUUUUGUCCCAAAAAUAAUGCUUUUAUCAGAAAAAUGAUCCGCGUGAACGAUUUGGUGAUAAUCAAAGAAGGAGGAGAGAUGGAAGAGGGCUGCCGCGCACACCCUUCAUGAACAUGACACCACCGGUGGCCAUUUGCCCAGCGCCACUGACGAGGGCGGAUGGAUGCAGUGGACGGAAAGAGCAGGGGGGUGGAUGGGGAGAUGAGGGGAGGAGAUGACGGGAGGUGGGGGCCUUGGUGCCAGUCUGACUGGAGCUGUCAUUGCAGAGGAAAUCAAUUCACCUCCUCCACCAUUGCCCCAACACACACACAUACACACACACUGUACUCGUCAUUUAGGGUCGGCCCCCAGAACUGCCCAGCAACCCUCUCUGCUUCCUGUCCUCCCUUCCUCCCUCCCUCCCUCCUUCGUACAAAAACCAAGAUGACCACCAAUAGGAGAAAAAAAAAAUCAAUGAAAUGUAUUUACAGGCCACAUUAGAGACAGAGGUGUGUUAUUUGUGCAGUUACAGUGUGUCAUUUGUUCAUGUAUCACAUCUGAGGUGAGAGCGAAAUGUCAUAUGUGCUUUUCUUAACUUUCUUCUUUGUUAGAUGAUGAAACGUGUCGGUUUAUUCAGCUUCACUACAGAAAUGAUGAUGUGCAUAUCUAAAGUGAAGCAGCCUUCACCCAGCACUCUCUGUGUAGCUUUAGCCAGAAGUUGAAUGUCGUUUGAAUUUUUUAUCCCAUAUUUCGAGUGAGAAAUCUGAUGGAGUAAUCAAACUCCAAAACGUUUGAAGACUUCCUAGCUUAUGAAGCAGUAUGGAAGAAGCGAUAAUGUACUGUAGAUAUGAUGUGUAUACUGUAGAUAAUGAUAUUUACCUGUUUAAGUGAUUUAGCAAACCUUUUUUCCCUUUUCUCCUUGACAAAAAUUAAAGUGCUUUGUAUGUUUUAGAUGAUCAACUUCUGUUUCUUCCCCAAACCAAACUCAUUUUCUUCAUACUUUUUAUGCAGUUCUGUUUUGAAUGUUCUUCUAUUUAAAAAAAAAAAAAAAAAAAAAAAAAAACAAGAUUAAUGACACAUGGACAAAAUCAAGCCUCUUAGAGAGUAAAAUAAAGUGGAUCAACUUUCAUCCUACUUCCUUUUGUUAAAGCCGAGCAGGGGUAAAGGAGUUAAAUAGAACGUGGGGCUUUUUUAUUGCUUGGGCACAAACUGGAGGGAUAGAAGGGAGGGAUAUUAAUGUUUUGUGAUAAAGAGAAAUGAUCCCGACUUUAAGAAAGUCGAUAUCUUCCCGCUCUACGAGGGAACUCUCGACACUUAAACCCCUGGGCCUUAAGACUGCCUCACAUCUGCCGAAAGGAGUUUACUAAAGUCGCAAAUACAACACACUCUGUGGUAAUCAGCAGACAAAACCGAAACCCAGACCAGGCGCCAGAGGAGUUUCAUCUUUGGCUAAGAUGAAAAAAAGAGAGAGAGAGAAAAAGAGGGACAGUAAAGAAAAGGAAGAGUAAGCGUUUCUGUAAUGACGGAGUAGAGAUUGAGUAAAUCUAUCUGUAACUGUUCCCUACAGACAUUCUCUAAUUAACAUCUUUUGGCCAUUAAGAAACAAACAUACUUUCUAGGAUAGUUCUCACUGCUUUACUUAUAUCAAGUUGAUCAUUUAAAAGCGACUGUUUAUAUAAGCUCUAUCCAGGGCAAUGUGUUUUCCAUAAAAUAAAUACUUUAUCAACAUAGUGAGCUUUAGAAGUUUUAGUGCACUACUGUUUUUUUUUUUUUUUUCCUUUGGUGAUCGUGUCAGUCGCUCGUUCUUGUUCUCUCUCUCUUUUUUGUUUUUGGUGUGCAUGUGUGUCUGUGUUUACAUGUGUGCGCUCGCCAUAUAAUUGCAAUACAUAAAACAUAAACUUUACAAAAGCAGGGGGGAACAAAUAGCAGAAACGUAAAAAAAAAAAAAAAAACAUUAAAAAACAUUACAUUCCUAGUCCCCCCCCUUUUUUUUCUCUGUUUCGUGUCUUUUGGAUUAGAGACAGGCAAUAAUAUUGUAUGUGACACUGGAAGAUCAUUUUCUCUCUAUAGUGUUUGUCCACUCUGUAUAGUCAGGUGCUAACCUUUCCUCCAUCCCCUCAGACACAUGAUCAUUCUUUCCCAUCUUCCCUCAGACUAUAUAACUGGUUUUCAACAAGUCCAACCAACACAGCCACAUAUUUAAAAUCUAUUAAAAAAAUAAUUAAAUAAAAGAUUAUGUGCUUCUUGGGACAUCAUUUUCUUUCCUCUUUACUGUUCUAUAGUAUCUGGUCAUUAUUCUGUCCAACAUUCCUAAAUGAAGAAUAUUUCUAUAUCCAAGGAGGACAUGAAGAGUGUAGAGGAUUUUGUUGCUGUUAUUUACUCAUAAUACGUAGAUGAGUUCGUAUUUAAGGAUUACUCUCGGUUACUAUUUAUUAUCACGGAUCGGAAAGAAGUCAAGCUACGAUGAAGUAUUGGGUUUUUAUUUCAGCUAUGACUGUUUUCUGUCUGCUGUUCUUUAGAGGUUUUAAUGUCUUUGAAGCAGUAUAGUUUUAUCCAGUGUUUUACGCAAUAAAACCUCUACCUCUGUAAAA